AUGGACGCACGACGAAACUCGACACCUACAAUGGUGGAGGAAGACAUGGAGGCAAUGGGGUGGGAAAUCUAUCCUCCACUGCCAGAACUUGUCGCAUCCGGAGAAUACAGCGACUUUAACAUCCGUUGCGAUGGGCAAUUAUAUCAGCUCCAUCGGGUCAUUGUGUGCCCUCAAUCUCACGCUAUGAGAGCGGCUUGUUCGGCGAUGCAGGGAGCUGCGUCCAUGACGAUGCAUAUCGAGGAAACCGAUACUUUUACCAUCCGAUAUGUGAUCAAUUUCUUGUAUGAGGAGGACUAUGAAAUUGAUCCUGAUUGGGUAGAGGAUCAAGUCCGUUCAGAGGGAGCGCAGGGGAGUGUUGACGCGGCCAACAAUGAGAGGGCAGUCAAGACACUGCUCGCUCACAUCCGUGUCAGCCUCUUCGCCCACCGCCAUGGGGUUGAGGGUCUGAGUGAAUACUCAGCCUUAGAGAUAAAGCAACUCUUCUCUAGUGUCCCGGCACAUAUGCUGCCUGCGUUCAUCCAGCGGAUGUACUCUUACACGCGAGAUUUCCCUCGACAGUGGAUAGCCGCCUGCAAUAUCAGGGUUCUCAUCAAGGAGCGUGUCCGGGAUGUGUUGACGGCGCCGGAUUUCUACCGUCUGGGCGUGGAUAGACGCAUUCUCGAGGAGAUUAUCAGGGCCUGUGGCGAGCAGAGACCUUUACUGGAGCACCUGUGA